UGCCGGCGUUCUUAGUUCUGUAGUUUGGAAUUAAUACUUUUCUAUAAUUAUUAUUGUUAUCAUGAAUGCCAAUAUAAGUUAUCGUGAAGUAGUCCCGCGGAAUAUAAUCCCGGAAGACUGGACCGAACUGCAAAUAAAUACAGGCACGCAAAGUACCUUGCAGGACAUCAAAACAUCCGAAAAGGCUGGUGGUUUCUGUUAUAAAAACUUCAAAAAUAUUCAAAAGAGAAACCGCUUUAUUUAUUGGCGCACUUAUCAAGAUGUACUGGAACUUUCAGAAAUCAGUUUGGAUAUUUCGCUUCUUCGGAACCACCUUCGUAUGCGCUUCACGGACUCGGCUGUACUUAACGUUUCGGUUUCCGAACAAAAUCAAAAGAUCAUAGUUUUAGUUGUUACUGUGAACAGCUUGCAUCUAUUUAUGUUCCCGUUCAAAAAGGAAGAUCUUGUCCAUUCGUCUACAUCGACCACCAACACCAGCACAAUGGACGACUCGGAGUCACAUUCCAUAUUUUAUGAUGCAAACGAUUGCUUGAAUAAGACCAGCACUUACUAUAUAAUCGAUGGAACGGUACCACACAAUUUGCCUCACACUGCUGCUUCAGCUAUGCUUUCAACCAACAAUGAAGCAUUUUUCGCCGUCGCUUACCAAUCCAAACUAAUGCUCUACAUUAUGAAUUCUACAACUGGUCAAACGACUUCCUUUGAAGUAAAAGAGACACACCUGAUGCCUCGAUUUCUUUCAACGUUAAAGGGCGCACUCAUCGGCCGUGGAGAAAUUUUAGAAUCAGCCAUAGAAUUAGCUUUCAGUCAAAUAGAGGAUAAAAUGUAUUUGCUGGCCCUUUAUCGCAAUGACGACCUACGCCUAUGGUCUGUGGAUACACUGCAGAACGUUUGUAUGAUUAGAUGUGUAGGAACACAAUGCGCCGGUCGAGCUCAAGGGCCCCAAAUCAACUUACUGCGUAAAAUAGAUGAACACAAUUACUGCAUUUUCCUGUCCCACGACAUUGGAGCUGAAUUUAUUUGCGUCAGCAUUGUGUCUCACACAACAGAAUCGAACGCACAAACCCUUAGCCUGGUUGUUCAAUACAUUGUACCUGCACCUCAAAUGGACUUGGCGGAUUUUAAUGCAACCCGUUCUUACAUCUGGGCACUAUGGAGUAAUGCUGAAGGGGAAUUUUAUGUUUCCACAAUUUUUUUGAGCUCCGACAUGACCAUUAGAUGGGUUUCCGCGGCACUGGAGCCACCACCAGAACGAUAUUGCCUGACAAUAAAGCAGGGCGUCGACCCGAAAGAAGCCUAUUGCUCUUACAUAUUUCAUCCUGGUCGAUUUGAUCGCAAUGUGAUUGCCAAAGCUCUCUAUAUGUUUCGCCGUGUCAUAAUGCGUUUCGACACUAAGCAACUAACGAUGGCAUUAUUAAAGGAACAAAUUUGCCAGGCUGUCGAUGAUGAGAUCCAAAACGAGAUCAAAGACUUUGUGGUCAGCGACGAGGAGUAUUUGGAUAUUGCAACGCGACUAUGGGAUCGUUUCUACUCUUGUUGCGAGCAAUACCACCUUAAACUUUCCGAGCCAAUCGGAUUGACUAUAUUGAAUGGUAUGGAUUCUGUUUGUGUUGUCAGAAAACAAUCAUUUACCUUGUUGCGGCCAUGCGAAAUACUGGAACACCUCAUGCUGAUCGAAGAUCAUUCGGAUGAGGUUGCGACCUUUGUGGCCGAAUAUUGUCCCAAUGAUAUGUCCGCUGCAAAGGGUUUUGUUGAGCUGAUGAGCGUUAUUACUCAACUUGAAAAGCUACUUUCUGAGGACAUGAAAAUGGAAUUGGAUAGGAAAUUGUACCAACAAGAAUCUCCCAUUGAUGUGGUAUCUGGAUUGGUGGAUCAAAUAAUUACCGGCGACGAGGAAGGCACGAUUCUGCCCCCAAACAGCGUUCAGCAAAUACGUCAAAAACUACAGCAAAUUCCCAAUUUAGAAAGUGCAGUUUACCUGCUGCUCGACAUACUUUGUAUCGUCGACUGUGAAGAGUUCGCGGAAGAGAACCAAACUCAAUUGAAUUUGGGGCGAUUUCAUAUGUCAUCUGGUGCAUUAUUUGGAAGCGAGUAUGGACUGUCUAUUCUAGCAGAGACGGUCAAACAAAUGGCUAUGAUUCGAUUUGCCGUCUGUCGUAAUCUUCUGAUACUACAGUAUAUGUUGCAUCGUCAGCAACGGAAGGAGGAUGCUAUCAUUCUCAGUAAUGUGAACUUCCUUAAGUCCUAUUACACACUCGUGUGGAUAGCGCAGACACCGAUUGGUCUUAACGCUUCAGGCAAUUUUGAGGCCUCAAUGCAACGGCUGAGUCGAGCGCAACUCCUUAGUGGGUAUCAGCGUCCCUAUACAAGCAACGGACGUCUAGCUGGUAAUACCACAUUAUUAUACCUAUUCCUGCAAUCUAAGGGACUGUGCAGUGCGCUUCUGUGGCUACCGCAAUUUAAAGAGAGUUUUGAACAGCCAGUGCUGCGUCAAACGCUCCUACAACUCGUGUCCAUUGUUAACCAAUUGAUUUGGCCGGAUGCUUCGAAUAACAUAUUUCUUGAAUGGAUUUUUGGCACUUGCCACCACAUCAUUAUACAAGAUUACGUACGCAUUCUGUCCAGUUGGAGCGAAAAGAAAUCUUUUGCACAUCGUUUUAUUCUUGCCGUUUCGUUUCUCGAUUGUGGCGAGUACCAGAAAGCGGUAUAUCUGUUCGAAGAAACUGCAAUGGGUGUGGUUAAAGAUUCUUUUCUCUUUGAGCAUAUUCUAAGAAAUACACCGCUGUAUGAAAAAUUGAAGGGAAUCAUCACUCACGAUAAUAUAGUGACCCAGCACGACAUAAAACUGAUAAUAGUCCACUAUUACUUGAAAGUUAUACAACUCUUUGAACAGUAUUCUGCUCUAGACUAUGUUAUCGUAUUGGCACAAAUGGCAAUGAGCAAUUUAAGCCAGACAGAUCCACACCUUCCAAUGUUCCAGUCGAUUGUCUUUAACAAUCAUUUGCGUCUAGAACAUUAUGAAGAGGCCUAUCAUGCCUUGAUCGACAAUGCAGACACAUCACGACGCAAGGACUGUUUGCGUCAAUUGGUGAUAACAUUGUUUGAGUGUAGAAACUUUGAUUUGCUCAAUCAAUUCCCAUAUACUGGGCUGCAAGAGGAGUUUGAAAGUAUUGUUGAAUCAAGCGCCCGCUCCAGAAACAUAGAUCAGAAUGAGGUAUACAAUUUCUUAUACGCCUAUCAUGCAAACAAGGGGAACAUGCGAAAGGCUGCCACAGUUAUGUAUGAGCAGGCGUUGCGCUUACAGUUGGAUAGCGAUGCAUCCAACGCCUUGGAGAAAAGAUGCUCAGCUCUAUUGGUCUGUAUUAACUCGAUGCACUUAGUUGAUGAACGUUACAGGUGGAUCGCUAGGCCUACUAUAGGGGAUGAGCAGACGUCCACUAGCAGGUACAGGGACGAGAUCGCAGCUAGAAGCAAGAAAAUAACCGUUCUUGAAAUGGCCGACAUACGAAGGGAGCUUCUGCAUGCGGAAGCUUUGAAAGAAUUGUCACAUCAUCGUAAGGAUAAGAGCACAUAUGAACUUUCCGGCGCUGAGGAACUUUCCUAUCUACUGGCAAGCUGCGGUCUCUAUACGGCCGCAUUAAGGCUCACCCGUGGUAAUGAUUUCUCAGUUGUGCCAAUUUUCGAAAGCUUAACAGCCGCCUGUGUCGGUGCGACGGACGAAAAGGCGAAGGAUGCCUGGCUGUGGUUGCAAGAAAAUGAUUUAGCCGAUCUUUCCCAUAGAAACUGUGCCGCAGAUAUGGCUUGGACCCUACUUCAAAAGCUAGUUGUUGAUAAUGAACUGAACAAAUCCACCUUAAUAAGGAAGUGCGUUGUAAACAGACUGCUGAGCUUAAAUCAUUUUAUACCACAGUGGCUUUAUGGCUCCUACAAAUUGGCAAAUAGCCGCGAACUUCUUAAACUUUUUGUCAAGCAUAACAGAUUGCUGGAGGCUUCUGAGCUGGCUUGCGAAAUGAUUUGUGCCAUGUUGGGUGCAGGCAGCCAGUAUUUUGAUUUUAAACAUUCUUUGGCCGUCACAAACCAACAGCUUGCAUUCCCGGUCAACACAAUCAACAUACUGAUGCAGGGACUCGGUUUAAACGGCAAAAAUCAUAUCGAAUACGAAAUGGCCCGCGACAAGCUGCAGGAAGAACUGGAGAGAUACAUAGAGACCGUGAAACGCAUCACUGAUGACAAGAUAAAACUAGCUAUAUUGCAAAACCGCGAAAAUCUGCAAGUAUGCUAAUUAUUUUCCAUUAUUUUUAUUUGUGUAUGCCUAAAUAAAUUUUAUUAUGUUAAAAAUCAUCAGUCAUGAUGAGUUCUGAGACAAA